AAUAUAGGUUUACUUCCAGCCUUGUGUUUCUAAGAGUCUGUUCUCGCGAGAGGUGGAAAGGGCGCAGCGUUUGAAACAUGGCGGACGACGUAGAUCAGCAACAGACUACCAAUACCGUAGAGGAGCCCCUGGAUCUCAUCAGGCUCAGUUUGGAUGAGCGAAUUUAUGUGAAGAUGAGAAACGACCGAGAGCUUCGAGGCAGGUUACAUGCUUAUGAUCAGCAUUUAAAUAUGAUCCUGGGCGACGUAGAAGAAACUGUGACAACGAUAGAGAUUGAUGAAGAGACCUAUGAAGAGAUAUAUAAAUCAACAAAGCGGAACAUCCCCAUGCUCUUCGUCCGAGGAGACGGUGUUGUCCUGGUCGCCCCUCCACUGAGAGUCGGCUGAGAUGGAAGGUGGUCCUGGGUAAGAAGUGGAGACUGCCUCUUGGAUGUCCAGAGCACUCAGAGAGAAGGAAGCUCACGUGCAUUCUGAUGGUCAGAAAUGACCCAAGGGUCCCUCCAGCUAGAUGUCAUGUUCUUUUUCUCCAGCCUCCUGCCAGGGUAACCACCUUGCUCUGUGCGGGAGCUGGUUUGCCUAUUGUUCUUGCAGUUACUUUCUGGUGGUUUUUCUUUAAAUUAAAGUUGAUGUCCCUUUUUUAUUUUUU